UAACAACAACUCUCUAGGAACAAAAUUUUAGGCAUUACUAAAUUAUACAUUUUGUUUGGACAAAGAAAAAUAUUUUGCAAUAAUGGACAGCAGACGUUUUAAUAAUGGUGGGGGGGAUGUGGAUUUCCAGGGGCUGGAAAUGCAUCAAGUAGUUGAUUAUUACAACUUGCCAUUGAUAGGGGGCAUUCAUGCUAGUCUUGCAUAUCCUGAACUCCAAGAACAAGUGCAGCAACGGUUUCAGGAAGACAUACAUAGAUGUCACAAUCGGCUUAGACGCCAAUUUGAAAUUCCACCCUCAGCGUUUGACAUUUUCUUUCAGCAUUUAAGAAUUGGCCCCGAUAUUACUAUUUUUGAGACAUUAAAAUUUAAAACAGAUUACAGCCGUCUCAACAGAAAAAAACAACUAGCGUUCCAAAGAAGAUUGGAUCUAUUUAUCAAGGUGUUCUAUGAUCGGAGAUUGGUUGAAUUAGCAGAACUUGGCUGGGAACAUUUGAGACAAAAUCAAGGAAAUAUCAUUGCUUAACUUCACUGAAACUUUGUUGUGAAUUAUAACAUCUUUCCUCCACACUACAAUAUGUUGAUGAAGUUGGCGUUAAUUGUUAUCCCUCCCCCGUAUUACACCUUCAGUCUCCAUUCGGUUAUUAUAUUUAAUUGUUCAUAAUUUUUCAUCAAAAUUGCAUAAAUGAUUCAAAAUUAUUGUAUAUUUCGUCAUCCAUAAAUUGAAUUAAAAUUA